AUGAAGAGCUUCAUUGAUGUGGAUUCUGAUGUUAUCAUUUCCUUUGGUAUCUUUAUUGUUUUCUUUAGUUCAGCUCAUGGCUACUCUUCUGGUGGGAGUAGAAACUCUGGCAAAGAGCUUAAAACAUUUGUAGAACAAAAUGAAUGCUUCAAGUGUGGUCGUCCAGGAUAUUGGGCCAAAGAUUGCCCUUCAGCAGGUGAUCAAGACAUGUAUGGAAGGAAAAUGGGAACGGAAGCCUACUCAUCCUCGGGUUGGAGCAACUAUGGGGGAGGAGAUGGAUCAUCUGUGGGGAGAAAUGAAUGCUUCGAGUGCGGCCGCCCAGGACAUUGGGCCCGAGAUUGCCCCUCUGCAAAUGAUCAGGAAAUGCAUGGAAGUGGUCAAGCGGGAGGGGAUGACUCAAACAAUGACUACAUUGUUUACUCAUAUGGUGGAAGGAGAAGCCCUUACUGGGAAGAUGACUGCUUCAAGUGUGGGCGCUCCGGACAUUGGCAGCGAGAGUGCCCUAAAGCAAAUGGUGGAGGUGGAAACGAUAAUGGCAAUGAUGGAAAGCGCAGAGAAAUUGAGGUAUGCCUGGGAUGGCCGUUCUGA